AUGGUGAUGCCUGCAGAUUCUCUCACAGCUCUCCCUCCAUGGUGCAAACGGCAGGCCAGCUCAAGCCACGAGCACCCAGUCUUCCCCAACGUCCGCAUCAUGUCCUACAACAUACUUGCCGAUCAGCUGGCGCAUGAACACGCGCACGAGUUGUACCGGGCAUGCCCAAAGUGGUGCUUGCAGUGGGAGCACAGAGGGCCUGCCAUCAUGGCAGAGAUCGAGCACUGGGCGCCAGACAUCGGCUGCCUGCAGGAAGUCGAUUGGCCCGACGAGUUCCACGCCUUUCUGCAGGAGCUUGGGUACGAGACGGCGUACGCGCCGCGCACGGGAGAUCGCUGCGACGGCUGCCUGACCUUCUGGCGGCGCAGCCGGUUUGUGGCGCUGCACACGGAGGCCCUGCAGAUGCGCAGCUUCGGGCUAAAGGACAAUGUUGCAUUGUUGGUGCUGCUGGCGCCUGUUCUGGCGUCGCCCCCCGGCAGCGGCGCGGCGGCUGCCCGCGCGGCUGCCGACCCUGCCGCACCGGCGCUACUCGUCGGCAACACCCACCUGCUGUUCAACCCCAAGCGUGGCGAUAUCAAGGCGGGUCAGGCUCGCAGCAUAUUGACGACGAUGCGCGACAUCCAGUCAGCCGCUGACCGGCCCUCCUGGGCAAUGCUGAUGGGCGACUUCAACUCCGUGCCAGGCAGCCCCAUCUACAGGUUUGUGCAGACGGGAUCGUUGGACUGCAGCCUGGUGGACCGGCGCAACAUGUCUGGGCAGCUCACCUCUGGCAGCGGCUGGCCCCCCAAAGGACCCCAGGCUGGUGGACGGCCCUCACAGAACGGCGCCACCAGCAGUAAUGGUUAUGUCACUGGAACGCCUGUGGCCGCUUCCCCUUCCUCCGGGCAGAGCAUGGCGAUCGGCAUUCCUCAGCAGCACAUGCACGUGAGUGCCAAGAUGGCGAGCAGCAUCGGCGCCAGCGCGCCUCCUCUGUACUCGCAUCUGGACAGCGCCGGCCGCGUGUUCUGGUCGCCCGUGCCGCCGGCCGGGGACUCAGCGCCAGUGCAGCACCCCUUCUACUAUGAGCCCAUGCUGUUGGAGGAGGCCGCGCCUGUUCCGGACGUGCCCGCCCGCCUGGCCAAGUCAGCCUCUGUCAACGCGCGCAUGGCCAGCAUGGCGACAUGGGCGAAGGAGGAGCUCGAUUUGGCGGUGGGGCGGCGGGCCUCGCAGCUGGACGCAGCCAGCCUGGGCAUCGGACGGCGCCUCAAGUCUGGCAAGCUCGCGCGCGCUAACAGCAUCGGCGCUGACCUGGACGCCUGGAUCGCUCGCCACCCCCUGGGCGCCCUCUGCAGCACCUAUGCCCAGGCAAGCUGCUGGCAUCCCUGCAAACUUACCUUGAACAUAGACCCUGAAAGAUUCAAAGGAGUGCUGGGAGCAGAGCCCGGCUUUACGUCCUGCCACGGCCGCGUGAUCGCCACACUUGAUUACAUGUGGUUCACCCGCCUCUUGCACACGCCUACCCCUGCCGCCCAGCGCACCUCCUCACUUCAGGCCUUGGAGCCCUCCUCACAGCAGCCCAGCAGCUCUGCAGAUCCAGCCGGCAGGAGUCUCGACUCAUCCGGAGCAGCCUCUUCUGAGUGUACAAGCGGCGCAGACGGCCAGGAAUGCAGCAGCAGUGGGAUCAGCAGUGCCGCCCACAGCCAGCGAGGCAGACUGGAGCAGCAGGGAGUGGCUGGGGCCAGUUCAGGCACGCCGGGGGGUCCAACGGUGGCCGGCGGUGCCCCUGGAGCGUGGGGGCUUGGGGUAUCCGCGGUGGCCGGAGGGUGGGAGCUUGUUCCCACGAGGGUGGCAAUGGUUCCCCCAUUGCGCAGCCUGCGCAGCGGCCUGCCCGCGCCAGAUUACCCCUCGGAUCACAUCUCGCUCGUGGCUGAGUUUUCUGUUCGCUCGCUGCGGCCGGCAGAUGGCGUUCCUGUGCCGGGGGUUUUCGCUCCGCGCACCCCCGCACCGGCCGCGCCGGCGGCGCUGGCCGUCCCGGGUGUAGCAGCUGCACCGCAGGUGCCGCAGCACAUUUUCUUCGACGAUGAGGACUAGGCAGCCAAGCUUUUCAUGUGCACGUCUUUACCAGAAAUAAUUUGUAGCAGAAAAGAGAUUGCUAUAACACGCCUGUAGAUGUAUUUGGCGCAGAGAGUUGUACAUUGUAUCAUGAACUUGAUCAGUGUCUGUGAUGUGUGAGAUGCAUUGGUUGUAAAGUCUGUCAACC